CGAGCUUUGCUGUCAAGUGUCAAGUCGAAGGCAAUCGAACUUUCGAAGUUCGCAUGCAUUUACGAUAUAAAAUUAUAUUAUUAAUUAAUAAUAGAAUAUAAAACUGAUACGUACUUACUACUUAGAAAUAGAUUAGUUUAAAGUUUUAUGUGAGAAAAGUUUAAAGUAUAUAUAAUAAUGUGGGGUGAUUCUUUGCUGAUAGUUUUUAUUUCGAUAUGCACUGCCUUACUAAGUGAAGGAUUGACUUGGAUUUUAGUAUAUGGAACAGAGAAGUAUCAGAAACUCAAAGUUGAAGUUGAACGUCAAAGUAAAAAAUUGGAGCGACGCAAGGAGGUUCAUGGUGAUUCUUUAGAUAAACAACAUAAGAAAAAGAUUGAACGUGAGGAAGAGAGGCUUAAAAAUAAUAAUAGGGAUCUCAGUUUAGUCAAGAUGAAGUCUAUGUUUGCCAUUGGAUUUGCUUUUACAGCACUUCUUAGCAUGUUCAAUAGCAUAUUUGAUGGAAGAGUUGUUGCAAAACUGCCUUUUUAUCCAAUUUCAUGGAUUCAAGGUUUAAGCCACAGAAAUUUGCCUGGUGAUGAUUAUACUGACUGCUCAUUCAUAUUUUUGUAUAUUUUAUGUACAAUGAGUAUCAGGCAAAAUAUUCAAAAGCUUUUAGGAUUUGCUCCAUCAAGAGCUGCAUCCAAACAAGGUGGUGCAUUAUUUGCUGCGCCACCUGGACAAUUUAAAUAAAUCACAAAGUACACACAGUAAUAGCUAAAAUGUUAGCAAAAAUAAAUGUACAGUAAUCCAAAAGUAAUAAUGCGCAUAGAAAUCUUCGUCACUGUUCGGCAACUGUCAUAUUCUCGGAGCGUCCGAAGAUGAUAUCUAUAUAGAGCGGUUAAAUGCAUUUUCUUCAUGCAUAAUUUAGUCAAAUUAUAUGUUUUGUGCUAAAAGAGAUUAAUAUGUAUUUUUAGGUAAGUAACGAUGUUGUUUCGAUAAUUCCUUGUAAGUAAAUAGCGAGUAUAACCCCACGAUUGCGAAUAUAUUAUCUUUGUUGGAUUGAUUUACUUGGAAAAUUGUAUAGUACUUUUAAAAUUGUAUAGUGUCUUACUUAAGAUGGUGUAAUGAUGGAAGAAAAGAAGGUUAAAAUAACACAAAAUUUAUAUUGUAUAAAGUAUGGUUUUCAAACACAGGUUUAUAUUUAAACCAUAUUUUAUGUAAAUCUUAUCAUUAAAAUUUCAGUUCAAAAGUAUUUAAAGUACUGAUCAUUCUUCAAUAUUAUGACAAUUAAAAAAAAAUAAAAACAAUGAAAAUCAGGGAUUAUCUUUAUUUCUGACAUUUUAGAUACAUCAGAACUCUUCUUCAUUUUCACUUUCCCUACUGCCAUCACCUGUGUUAAUCAUUUCAUCGAUUAAUUCAAUUCACCUUUAAAAACAAAACCAAGAAGGGUACGUAAUAGCAGCUCUAUAUAAUUCCACACAGAGAGAACACGUGCAGUCACCACCAAUAUUUAAAGACAACUGACGGAUUUUUGA